AUGCUUAGUUUGACAGGUGUUGAGAUUUCGUUGUUGAAAUGGGCUUUCGUCUUGAAGUGUGUGUUCACUCUUCUCAUUGUUAUCAGCAGCUUCCUUCCUGAUCACGAUGCUGACGCUUUCAAACCUCCGCAACAGCGGCAUGUUGGUUGGGUCGACCAGAUUAUUCUAGUAUGUUUUCAAGGAUUUCACAAGUGGGACUCUGUGUAUUUCACUUUCAUUGCGGAAAAUGGUUAUAUAUACGAACAAAGUUUGGCGUUUUUCCCAGGCUUCCCUAUGUUAAUAGGCCUAUUUGGUCGCAUAGUUACUCAAGUUUUCCUACGGUCUAUUAGUCUAGUACCUUCAAUUCUUUUAUGUGGGUUCUUGCUAAACUUCACUUUAUGCGUAGCAGCCACAGUAUUUUUGUACCGUUUGGGAGUUCUUGUUUUAGGUUCUUCCAAAAUCAGUUUUCUUGCCUCAAUACUAUUUUGUUGUAAUCCGGCAGUAGUAUUCUUUUCUUCACUGUAUUCUGAGUCACUAUUUUUCUUCCUUACUAUUCUUGGCUUGUAUUUAUUAGCACUUCGUAGAACUCUGUGGUCCUCCCUGUUAUUUGCACUUUCUGUAGCAUGUCGAAGUAAUGGUUUGUUAAAUAUAGGUUAUUUAGGCUAUUUCUUACUUGCUCGGUCAGAUCUUCGGAUGCUUAUGUGGAUAGACGAUGUAAAUAAUAAACAAAAGACUGCAUUAUCCUUUAUACUCCACUCCAUCAGUUGGUGGAUUAACCUGCUCACAUUUUUCUUACCACGUUUCCUUCUACUUUGCUUAUGUGCUCUCCCAUUUCUAAUUUACCAGUUUUACGGAUAUCUAUUAUACUGUGUUCAUGAAAAGCCAUUUUAUGCUAUCUUUCCAUCUGAAAUUCCCAUGUCGUUGCUUAACUUUGGUCUUGACCAUGAUUUUAUUAUGCCUUCGAAUUAUAGAAAUAUGUCCACCUCAAAUAUACCAGCAUGGUGUUCUUUUAUUCCUCCAUUCUCCUACACUUACAUACAGGAAAAGUGGGAUGUUGGCUUGUGGAAAUACUAUCAGUUACGUCAAAUACCAAAUUUUGUUUUAGCCAUGCCAGUUAUUAUCCUGUGUUUUGUUUGUUCAAUCGUAUUUUAUAGACGCGCUCCAAGUGCUUAUAGAACACUUGGACUUUAUGCUAAGUCUGAAAUGGAUCGCAAUAUGGUACCCUAUGUGUUUCAUAUGCUGUUUUUAUGCGCUUACGGGGUUCUUCACAUCAAUGUCCAGGUAUUGACACGUAUGAUAUUUUCAUCUUGUCCAAUUGUCUAUUGGUUUUCUGCCUACCUUCUACGUGAAGCUAUGCCAAAUUUUGAACAGCUGAUGAAAUCGUCAAGCACUUCAAAUGGAAAAGCAAAAUUUGCAUUCUUAUUUUAUGAUAUGAUAAGUAUAUGUAGAAUUAUGAAUCCUUUUCAAUAUCAUUUGUUAAAGCACAGGAUUAUCUUGUUGUAUUUUAUUGGUUAUGCAUGUAUUGGUUGUAUUAUGCAUUCAAAUUUCUUACCAUGGACAUAGUCCUCUUUUUUUUCGUAUUCUUUAUUAUUAUUAUUUUUAGUAAUAUUCUUACUACUGUGAUGAUGAUAGAAUGGUGUGUGCAGUUCACUUUUCUUGUU